GGGCCGACUGCAACAAUAGGUGUUUUGCAAGUGGUCUCAGGUUGCAUUUUGCAAUCCUAUAACGAUGUAUUAUUAUGCUACAGUGUCACCACGCAUCGAACAGCUGUAGGUGUUGUCUCUGUGCAGCUAUUGUGUUAAGUCUAAAUUGUUUAUGUAUCCUUUUGAAAUUGUCACCUAUCCUACCACUUAUUUUAAAUGUGGAACGCGACAGGAGAAUCGUGUUUCAGUAGCUUCAGCGCUAGCGGAGAUCCGCUUUGGGUGAGCGCCAGCCAGUCACCUUACGAUGUGGCGGCUACCAUCCGGUUGAACAAUCAUACGAAAUGUGUUCUCCGACUGGAACGCUGUCUGCCUAACUAUGGUCACAUUGAAUCCGUGAUCAAUGUUGUUCAACCGGGACAGUGCGGCAUUAUGAGGAUGCAUAAAAGUGGUUAUUCGCCAACCGGUACAUCGGAAACGGUUUCAUGGAACAUCGAAGGAACGACCGCGUCUAUUGUCGUCAUGUGGUCGGUCCCGUACAAUCAGAUGUCUCACAGCAACUGCCUUGCACUGGGUGUGUGCGAAAACGGCCGACAUUCAGCAAGUACCUUCAAUGACAUGUACUACAACGCCGAAAAAUAUUUUAAAAGAAAGGAAUUUUAUAGAAGUGUCGAUUCGUUGCAAUUCUUCAGCAAGGGGAUCGAAAUAGCCGGCAUAAUGGCGCAAGUCCCUACAGAAGUGAGCAUGCAGAAAAAAGCCACUGCAUCUGAAAACAACACGACACGUGAAGCGUUCCAGGCUGCUGUACAAAAGGAAGUUCAACGUCAGAUAAAACUGCAGCAAAGUAUGUCUGCUUCGACCACAACGCCCGGCCGCAGCCAUCGCGGACGCGGUUUCCAUCGUGGCAACUAUGAGAGAAACAGUGGUCGAGACAGUUUCCGUUGGGAUCUCUAUGGAGACGAUAGGCAGGCUUGUGCACUUUGCGGAGGUGCUGGACACCGUGAAGCCGAUUGUUUCGGGAAGCCAAAGGUUUUCUAACAACGAAGUUACAGUGGAUGGAGAAUUUGCUGCCUAGUGACGGUGGCACCCUAGCGGAAUCUACUGCCCGUAUCUGUAUUUCUGUAUGUUUCUUGUCCCAACGCCACUAUUAAUUCGUAGGAAUUAUGACAUAACCCGCGGUUCUACUCUUGCUGUCCGUUGACCUGUUAAAUACGCGGUUCUCUAGUACUCCGGCAGAAGAACUGCUUUAAGCCAGUGCCCCAUUGC